CGGCUAGGGAGGCUAGCCUGUGUGGGUGGAGAAGGCGGUGGGAAAGGGGAGAAGAGGAAGAAGAAGAAGAAGGCGCAAAUGGCGACGGGGGAGUCGCAGCAGGCGUCUCGGCGGGAGGGGCGAGAGCGCGACGAGCACGACGCGUCUCGGCGGGAGCGGGAGCGCGACCACACGCACGGGAGGCGCCCCCACUCCUCGUCCAGGUCGCGGCGGGACGAUCCCAGUCCGAGGAGGAGAAGAGAGGACAGGAGGCAUCAUGAAUCAGACAGAAGUCAUCGCCACAGGAGUCGAGCUGAAGAAAGUGCUAAGGCAGUUGACCGUGACCAGAAGAGGGAUAGGCCAUUGCAAGAUGCCGCGCAGCCCGAUGAUCCUUUGCGAGCGGAGACGAAGCCCCUAGAUGAUGCCAGAAAUGGCUCUCCUGCCAGGCAUGAGAGAUCUCCUAGGGGAACCAAACGGUUUCCUGAAUCAAGAGAUGCUAGGCGGCCUCGAUCGUUCUUUCAGCACGAUGAACGUGGCAGUGCUGGGCAAGGUGGUCGGUGCUAUUACCGCCAGGCUAGUGACCGGGGAAGACAAAGGGAUGAAAAGGAGCAUGUUGGAGAUAGAGAGAAAAACAAAGAUGAAGGAAAGGCUAUGCAGGAUGAACAACAAAAUGAUGGUGAAUCUACAUGGAAGCAUGAUGGGUUCUUCCAGUUGGAGGAAGAAGCUCACCCUGCCAAAAGAAGGCCACCAUUUAAUGAGAUGGGCAUGCCACUGGAGGGGAAAGAAUCUGUGCUUUCUGUUACAGAACCAGAUUCAAGGUCACAUAAACAUGAUCAAGCUGGGCCUACCUCUGCAAUAGGAGAAGAAAGGAGAAAUUAUCACCCACGGGGAUUUGAUAGGCAUGAGGGACCUUUCGUAAGGCCAGAUGGUCAAGGUAUGAGGAGGGGAUUUUCUGAUCACAGGAAUGCUGGCCAAAGAAAUGGCUAUGAUUCAUGGGGGCGUUUUGCUGGUAGAGGAAGGGGCAGAUACAGGUUUAACAACUCAUAUGAUGGGCGAAACAGCAUGCACCAGGCUGCUGGUGAUCAAGCAGAAAAAUGGAAGCAUGACCUUUAUGAACAAACAAAUAGAAGCCCUACUCCUAAGACCGAAGAAGAGCAGAUUGCAAAAAUUGAAGCAUUGUUGGCGCUGUAGCUACUGCUUGGGAUUGCUUUCUGGUCAUAUUUGCAAUGGCUAGAUAGGUGAUCAUCUACUUGGUGUCAUUGGUGUUGAAUGCUGUCAGACCGUCUAUCCUGAUGCUGCGUCACUCAAAUGCAGCUGGCUGAAUUUUGGGGUUGACAAUGUUUUCUUCUUCCAUUUAAGAAAAUGUGCCUGAUAUUCUCGGUUUACUUGAUGUAGGAUCCAUGAACUAAGAACAAGAGUAAACAAUUUGCCUCCCAUUAAAAUGCCUAUCGAAGGCCGAAGUGUUCUUGUAAGAUGAUGUCUACUCAAAUUUUGUGUUUGUUC